AUGCGCGAGGCCAGCCAAAGCGGAUGGCUGAAUGUCCGCUCUCGGGCGCGAUGCCUGGACGACAUGCUCGCUCAAGCGAGCAGCGCGCAGAAGCAGGUGCUCUAUGGUCACUGGGCUCGCGACGCCUUCGUCUUGAAUCUGGGCCUCGCCACUUCGGCGGACACCGCGAGCAUGAACGCGAAGGGUGUCAAGCGGCGAUUACCAAGCGGAUCGGGGCAUCUCAUGAACGGGCUGCGCUCGUUCAUAUCUAGAGGCGGCUCGAUCGAUGGCAGCUGCCCGCAUUGCCUGGGAAACGGGCGUUGCUGCCUGGACUGCGCCGGAGCGGACAGUAUCGAACGCUAUUCGCGGCGCCCGUGCUUCCACCGCCUCUCCCGGCAACGCGACGGUUUCUGCCGACCGACCUCAGAGAACGCCUUGGCGGAGUUCCUCGGCCUCGCCCCUGCCGAGACUGCGAACCGCCGCGCGGCGCCUGGCGAGCGGGCCGUGCUGGGAUUCGGUCAGUUGGCGCGCGCGGGCGACGCGCUGCUGAUGACGAGGACCACUGGCGACGUGGAGAAGUGGUUCAACGUGUUUCAACUUGCAGCUGGCGCAAUGGGGUUGGAGACGCAUUGGGGCAGGCGGCGCGUCCUCGAGCGGCGGCUCCUGGGGGGGGCCCUGAGCCCGCUCGGCCUCGGGCUCCGCCUGGCGUCCGACCUGGCCGCAGAUACGAAAGCCCGCAACAAGAUCGGCAUGCUCCUGCUCUGCGCCAUGCAACCUCGCACCGGCUUUACCAUGCAUGCCACCCCGCAAAUGGUCCGGCUCCGCUCGCCGACCAGCAUCGUCAGCCCGACGGGCUCUGCCGCCGCGGCCAGCGCCUGCAGGGAUGCGCGGGCCGCCUCCGCCAUCCUGGGCGCGGGGGGCGGCCUCGAGGCUGCCAGCGGCUGCGACGCGUCCGACGACGUCUUCUACAUCAGCACGGACAAGGAGGGGAAGCUCGUGCAGGCCCACGACAUGCAAGGCCAAAGCCACAGGGCCCACGAGUGGCGGGGCGCGAAAGGCUACUCGGGGUUCGGCGGCCCCAUCGAGGAGGUGCGCCGCGUGCAGAGGUCGUGGGCCGACGAGCAGCCGGCGCAGGUCCUCAAGUGGUCGUUUCCGACCAGGCGGCGGGACUGCCUGCGCAUCGGCUUCCGCGCCAUCGACAAGAUGGAGAGCCUCGUGUCCAGCCGCUUCCGCGCUGCCUUCGAGGAGCUCGCCUGUGGGUGCCCGCCACUGGUCGUCCGGAGCAUCAGCUACCUGUACCUGAACUACCUGCAGCCGCACCACAAGCGGAUCCAGGCGCAGGGGCGCCACCUGCUCAUGCUCAAGGUGUACGAGAGCAAGCACGAGGUCCACUGCUGGCACGUGCCGCUGAGGGAGGUCCGGGAGCUGCACAGACUGGCGGCCGAGGCGCUGAUAGGAGGCGUGUCGCUCAACGACGUGCAGCUGGUGGAGACCUACGCGGUGGAGAACACCUUCGUUUUGCACGCGGAGACCUUUCUUAGUGGAAGCCGCGGCCAAGACCUGGACGCGGCCCAGCGCAGCAACCCGUACGGGAGGUGCACGUGGGUGGGCGGCAUGGCCCUGCACCUGAUCACCGAGGAAAUGGAGAACGCGGCCAGGGACAGGUCGCAGGCGUUUGCGAUGGUGCCCGACGAG